AUGCCCGGCAUCCUGCCCAUGAAGGUCAUCAAGGUCGGCAACAGCGCACAGAGCCGCGUGGCCCAGGCCUGCGACCGCUGCCGCAGCAAGAAGAUCCGCUGCGACGGCAUCCGCCCGUGCUGCUCGCAGUGCGCCAACGUGGGCUUCGAGUGCCGCACCAGCGACAAGCUCAGCCGCCGCGCCUUUCCACGCGGCUACACCGAGUCGCUCGAGGAGCGCGUGCGCGCGCUCGAGGCCGACGUGCGCGACCUGCGCGCCCUCGUCGACGAGAAGGACGCCAGGAUCGACCUGCUCUCCCGCCUGCCGCCCGCCAGUACUGCUCUCUCCAGCACUGCUGCUGCGACGCUCCCCCGCCCGCUGCCCGCCCAUGACAGUCCCCGCCCCCCGCCGCCCGCCCCCGAUGACCUCGUUGCCGUGCAGUACGCCGCGCCCCUGCGCCGCCCGGCCCCCAACGCGCCCUUCAUGGGGCCCUCCAGCACCCGCGCCUUCGUCGACGCCUUUGGCUCGCGGCUCGAGCGCAGCGGCCGGCCGUCCGUACACGCCGCCAUCGACGCCGCGCUCGCGCCCGCCGCCUGGCACCUCUGGGCCGCGCCCGACCACGGCAAGCCCAAGAUGCCGCCGCGCCUCGUGUGCGACCAGCUGCUCAACAUCUUCUUCCAGGAGUGGGCGCCGCUGUACCCCGUCAUCCACCGCCCCACCGUGCUCAAGGCCUACACCCGCUGCGCGACCGCCACCGAUCCCCUCGAGCACGUCGACCCGCAUCUGCUCGCCCAGCUGAACCUCAUCUUUGGCAUCGCCGCCAUCUCGUCGACGCAGGCCCGCCUCCCGCAGGAUCCCGUGUACUUCGAGCGCAACUGGACGCCGCAGCUGGAAGCCCUGGUCGACGACAUCUCGCUGUCCACCCUGCAGUGCUACGUGCUCGCCCAGAUCUACUACUCCAUCAAAUCGGACUACAAAAACCUGCUGCGCUACCGCUCCCUGGCCGUGUCGAUAUGUCUGCAGCUGGGCCUCCACCAGAGUCAAGCGCGGUUCUUGUUCAACCCGCUCGUGAGCGAGACCCGCAAAAGAGUCUUCUGGUGCCAGUACUCUCUCGAUCGAUUCACGGCCGCGCUCACCGGUCUCCCCGUGCUGAUGGCCGAAUCCGACAUCUGCACCGAGUACCCCGCUGAUAUCGACGACGAGCACAUGACAGAUCCAAAUUUCGUCCCCAACCCUUCGACCGAUGCCACCGACAUGUCCAGCGCUCUCGCCCUUUUCUCCGUAUCGCAUAUCCUGGGCAAGGUCCUCGACGAGCUAUACGCUUCGCCCGCCGGAUGCGAGAUCUCGUUGUCGACCAUGCACGCGCUGGCCGAGGAAUUGGAUGACUGGCUGAAGAAGCUGCCUCCCCACCUGCGGCUGGAGUUUGUUCAGGAUAAACCGAGUCCUGCGCCGACGAACAGCCGUUCUCCUAUUUUGUCUAUAAUAUACUACUUUAUCCGCACCUUGAUACGCCGGCCUGUGGCUUGCUAUGGAAAACCCGAGAACGCUUCGCCUUCCAUGCUGUCACUUGUCGACUCCGCCAAACACACCAUUCAACUACUCAAACUGCUUGACGAACGACGAUUAAGCCUCUCCGUCACGAUCAACCGACGCGAACUUAUAUUCCUGUCCGGCCUCGGGCUUUUGUGGCAGAGCAUGGACUUGAGCCCGGAUAGCAAGCUGGUCAAGGAAAGCCAGCGGCUGCUGAAUGUAGCCGCGACGCUCCUUGAAAGCGAAACGGGCGACGCUGCCGCCACGUUUACGACGGUUGUCGAGACCCUGUCGCCGGGCAUGCUUCAACGACGGCUCAGCAGCGAAAACCUGACGUCGACCGCCGGCAGCCCAUCCUGCUCACCUAAGCAGCGGACGCCGUCCAAGCAGAUGAUCCAACCGUAUGACUCACGGCUGUCCUUCUCCUCGGAAUCCGACUUGUCGACGUACUCCAAAGGCAGCUCGCGGCUGAACUUCAUGGCAGCGUCGCCCGAGCUGUCCCGCAGCGUGCGGUCAUCCAGCUCGAACAGCGGCUGCUCCGACCCGGCGGUGGGCGUGCACGCCACCGAGCACGCCGCGGCGGCCGACGCGCUGGACAACUGCCUCCCGCUGGGCGACGAGAAGAAGCUGGCCUGCGCGGCGCCGUUCGGGGAGACCACGGCCGGCAUGUCGGACUGGGAGCACGUGCUGAGCAACAUGGACAGCGGCCACGCCAACAUCUACAACGGCAUCUACGGCGGCAGCGAGUGCGGCGAGACCCCCGCCGCCUUCGCCGCGCUGGCCCCCGCGUACCACCCACAACACCAGCAGCAGCAGCAGCAGCAGCAGCAGCAGCAACGGCCACCGCCCGCAUCCAUGCCGCCGUGCUCGUCGCCGUCGGCGGUGAUGGCCGGCGUGCCGGCACCGCACCACGCGUGGCCGCACGGCAGUUGGCCACCCAGCGCGCCCGCCGCCGCCGCCGGUGGGGGUGGUGGUGGUGCUGGCAGUUCUGGACCGAUGGCGGGCAAGGCCAGCGAGGCAGCGGCGGUGCCGACGUCGAUGGGCCACCCGUACGAGGCGAUGAUGAUCGGCCACCACCACCAGCUGGACGGCCUGGACGUGGCGGGCGCCGACCUGGCGAUGACAGAUCCGUGGAUGCGGCAAUGCGCCAUGUGA